AUCUAUUCAAACGAUUCACCGGCUUGUAGUUUUUGUGUGGUGUUUUGGUUCUGUUUUUGUCUUUCCACGGGAAACUCCGGGGCUUUAUUCCAGGCCUCUCAGUUGGCACAACGCAGUUUGGUGGUUUUUGGUUUAGGGGCACACGUCUCUUGCGUGUCUUCCCUCUUGCUUUUAAUACUUUAACUUCUCCAAGGGCUCUCACACACUAUCUAUAAUUCUUCAAAAGCAAGCACCAAAAAACAAAACAAUCUCACCUCCCCCCCAAGAACCAUGUCCGUAAUAGGCAAUAACAUUGAUUACCAGCAGAACGCUGACUUUGACCAGAGCAGCAGCAUGGCAUCGCCCUCGCAAGCCUCACCGGCCAACUCGGGAGCGGCCGUUCCCGGGGGUGCGACGGCAUCGGCCGGCGGUUCGGGCGGACCCAAGGCGGGGGGUGCGGCCGGCGGUGGUGGCGGUUCCAGCGCGCCCGACAUGGCCACACAGAUUCUCACAAAACCCCGGCUGCAGGAGCUGGUCCGGGAGAUUGACCCGACCGAGCAGCUCGACGAGGAGGUCGAGGAGCUGCUGCUGCAGAUCGCGGACGACUUUGUCGAGAACACGGUGAACGCGGCCUGCCUGCUGGCCAAGCACCGGAAGGUGGCCAAGGUGGAGGUGCGCGACGUGCAGCUGCAUCUCGAACGCAACUGGAACAUGUGGAUCCCCGGCUUCGGAACGGACGAGCUGCGGCCGUACAAGCGCGCCACCGUUACGGAAGCGCACAAGCAGCGGCUGGCGCUGAUACGGAAAGCAAUCAAAAAGUAUUAGGAGCUUAAUCAUCCCCCCAUCUCAGAUUAUUUCCCACUAAAAUAAAUUUGUAAUUUUCCCCCAUCUGAAAACUA